GCGCUCGCGGCGGCCGCGGGCGGCGGCGCCUUCGCCGCCGAGGCGGCCAUCGUCAACUACUACGCGCCGGGCGACACCAUGGGCGGCCACGUCGACGACGCGGAGCACGACCUCACGCGGCCGCUCGUGUCGCUGUCGCUCGGCUGCGCGGCCGUGCUCCUCGUCGGCGGCGAGACGCGCGACGCGCCGCCGACGGCGCUCUGGCUCCGGUCCGGCGACGCCGUCGUCUUCGCCGGGCCGGCGCGGCGCGCCUACCACGGCGUGCCCCGCGUUUUGGAGGGCACGUGCCCGCCGGAACUCGCCGACGCGGGCCGCUGGGGCGCCGGCGCCGGCGGCGACGUCGCCGCGCUCUGCGCCUUCGCGGCGGCGGCGCGCGUCAACGUCAACGUCCGCCAGGUC